GCCCAUGUCUAACAGGUGUGUAGAGGACAGCCUUAGAGGUGCUGGAUGUUCUUAGCACCAUGGAUGAUGCUACUGUCCUCAAGCGACGAGGCUACAUUGUGGGGAUAAAUUUGGGAGAGGGCUCUUUUGCAAAAGUCAAAUCUGCGUACUCUGAGCGUCUGAAGUUCAAUGUGGCAGUUAAGAUCAUUGACCGAAAGAAAGCCCCCGCAGAUUUCUUAGAGAAAUUCCUUCCCCGGGAAAUUGAGAUUUUGAUCAUGUUAAAUCACCGCUCCAUUGUCAAGACCUACGAGAUCUUUGAGACAUCAGAGGGCAAGGUCUAUAUUAUCAUGGAGCUCGGGGUCCAGGGAGAUCUCCUUGACUUCAUCAAAAACCAGGGAGCCCUGCAUGAAGACGAUGCUCGCAAGAAGUUUCACCAACUGUCCUCCGCCAUCAAGUACUGCCACGAUCUGGACAUUGUCCACCGAGACCUCAAGUGCGAGAACCUCCUCCUCGACAAGGACUUCAACAUCAAACUGUCUGACUUUGGCUUCUCUAAGCGCUGUCUGCGUGAUGACAGCGGCCGACUGACCCUGAGCAAGACCUUCUGUGGGUCAGCGGCGUACGCAGCUCCUGAGGUUCUGCAGGGCAUCCCCUACCAGCCCAAGGUUUAUGACAUCUGGAGCCUGGGCGUGAUCCUCUACAUCAUGGUCUGUGGCUCCAUGCCCUAUGACGACUCCAACAUCAAGAAGAUGCUACGCAUCCAGAAGGAGCACCGGGUCAACUUUCCUCGCUCGAAACACCUGACAAAAGAGUGCAAGGACCUCAUCUACCGCAUCUUGCAACCAGAUGUCGCCCUACGGCUGCACAUUGAUGAGAUCCUCAGCCACUGCUGGAUGCAGCCCAAGCCCCGGGCUACACUGUCCCCCGCAACUGUCAGCAAGGAGCGGGCGAGCCUCCAGGGCACCAAGCCCUUGCAGUCCGCUGAGCCCAGCUCUGAAAAGAGGUCUAUCACCCACCUGGAGCCCCGGGAGGAGGCACUGCCUCAGGUGAUGUCAGAGUCAAGACCCCAGGAAGAGAUGGAGGAAGGACAGGCCUCCCAGCAGUUUGAAAUCAAGAGCAUCACCCGCACAACUGGGCAUCUGAGCAGAGAGGCAAUGGAAGGGUGCUCCUCCAAGUCCCCAGAGAGAAAGACCUAGUGAGCCUCUCACAAGGCCUGGGGGCUGGCAGGAAAUGAGGCAGACUUCACAGCUGUGAAUAAAAACCGAAUUUAAAGUUUGACUUAAGUUUAACCAUAUGUGGCAAGUGGUUACCAUGGGACAGUGUAGAUCCACAGUGCCCAGCACACCAAGACCUGGAAGGGAACAAGGGACUAUCUGCAACUUCUAUUACCGUGCUCCAGAUGCAGCAGGGCAAGGCCUCAAACUGUUCUCGCAAGUACCGUAGGAAUGCAUAGGACCACCCCAGACCCAAGCACGCUGGAGGCUGCAAGCCAACUUUUUCUGAGCAGUAAUGUUGGUGUUAGUUGAGGUGGCAGGCAAGAUGCCUGCCUUUUGAUGUGUUUGGGUGCGUUGCUGCACAAGCCAAAGAGACACUGGAUGAUUAAGCGAGAAACAAGGGAUUGUUGGUUAAACUGAAGACUUCAUUUGGAAUCCAAAAAUCUUAACAAAUCUCUUGUACCUUGAGCCACAUAUUUUCCCUGAAAAUCAUGCAUUUUUUCCAGCAACAUUUUGUUAUGGUUUUGAGGAAUGAACUGAGGUGGGUAUGUGGAACUUAUAGAGUAUGAUAUGUAAUGGGUGGAUAGGCUGUCCAUUGUACCAUUUCUUUCUUUCAAUUCUCAGACAUGGUUGGGCAAUAUAAGAUCUCUGUAACAUACAUGAACAAGUCAAUAAA